AGCUGCAAAAUGUCUACAGAAGAAAUACCAGUUAAAACCUACUCCAACCCACCACCUAAGAAAUCAACAAAACAAAGGAAACCACAGACUGAAGAACAAUACUUACACCAAGUCUCAUUAUGGAAUGAAUCGGGGCCCACUAUAAAUGAUGAUGACUGGUUAUUCACCAAUCUAGAUCAAUUAGAUCCUAGCAAGAAAAUAGACCGAGUUAAGAUAUUACAUGCUUGCGAGCGAGCUUACUAUCAACGUGAUUGGGAGAAAUGUUUGGAGUUAGUUAAGAUUGGCGAGAAGAUAUUUAAUGUUGAUUUAGAUGAGUAUCAUGAUUAUCAACUUAAUCAGGGCAAAAGGAAAUCAGCUAAUUUAGAAAGACAUGUUAUUGAUUUGUAUAAUAUAAAACAAAGAUGCUUACUGAAAAUGAAUAGUUAAUCGAGAAAUUAUUGUGCUAUAUAAUUUCAACUCUCGAACUAUUCACCUUCAGUUGCCUUCCUAGAUAAAAAAAAAAGCAACAAGAUAAUAUAUAAGCAGAGACCAGGGCUAUAAAAUUGACCAUCAACAUACAAAGAGACACGAGAGAAGCUCAAUUACAAUUCAUAAUAAUACAUGGAGAAUUUAUAGAUAAUAAAUAACGAAAAAUGUCCCAUUAUGGGAUCUAUUGACCCGGAGAUAGAAUGUAUGCCAAUUCUGCUGCCAAAAAACAGCCAAGCCCAAUCAAUUGUUAAAGUUUGCAAAUGUUCAAUUUGACUUUUUGAUUACCUCUAUCGUAUAGACUUAAUAAUCGGAUAUCCUUUGUUGAGCUGUUACGAGGACUAAUACUUCACAUGAAAGAUUUCAAUUAAAUGAAAACUCUGGAUGUUUCCCCUCCCCAAGAGAACUCUAGAUGUUGUUCUACUUUUAUCUAAAAACCAGAUCAAUAAUUCAUUCCUUCUUUAACCAGAUUUUCAAUUCAACAGAACUUACUAAUCUCUUUUUAUACACCGAUUCAUCUUCAUCUUGUUGGAAUUCGUCGAGAACUUCAACGGUUCCAGUAUGUAUAUCAACGUUGUACCUUUCUUGGAAAUACAAGCCAACACUCAAAGUUUUUUCAAUAGAUUUACCCAUACCUUUAACUGUGAUGUAUGAGACUUGCUUAUAUUGACUAUAUUUCUUUACUCCAGUUGAAUGUUCAAACUUGGAUAAUUGCUUGGAGAUCUUUUUAAUUGCAGACACAUACGGAGUUUGUGAUUUGAUUAGAAAUGUCAGAAUUUGUUCCGUUUGGGUUCGUGGUUUUAUAUUUGCAGUAUGUUUUAUAUGUUUUCCUUGUAUUCGUUUGGUCAUGGUACGCUGUUGAACUUUAGCACUGUAACAAU